AUGGAUCAUCAAGCAUUCCAAGCUUGUCAUGAGCAAGUUAGCAGCUUUGGUUUUCAAAGUUUUCUCAAUGAAAGCAACUAUGAUCAUUUGAUUGAUCUUAUUAGAGGAGAGAAUGCAGAAGAACCCAUCACCAAUUUCAAUCCAAAUUAUGAUGGUGGGGAGCUUAUGUUCAAUGGUGGAUUGGUUGAUAACCAAUUUGUUCCAAGCAUGCCUGGAGACAUGUUUGAUUUUAGUUCCCUUAAUAACUCAAAUCCCAACUCUACCUUCAAUUCAUUACCAGCAUUUAGUGGAGAUAUAGAGCUAAGGGAUGAUGAUGAUGAUGAAAACGAUAACGACGGGGAUGAUUCCUCAGCCACCACUACUACACCGACGAAAAGAGGCACCGUAGAUCGAUCAAGAACUUUGAUCUCGGAGCGCCGGCGAAGGGGACGUAUGAAGGAGAAGCUCUAUGCAUUGCGUUCCUUGGUUCCUAACAUAACCAAGAUGGACAAGGCCUCAAUUGUAGGAGAUGCAGUGUUAUACGUGCAGGAGUUGCAGAUGGAAGCUAAGAAGCUAAAAGCUGAGAUUGCAGGUUUGGAGUCAUCUCUUAAAGGAGGAGUAGAGAGACUUCAAGACUUGGUGGAUAAACCAAAGAAGAUCCAAGCAGUUGACAAGAAGCAUCAAAGUUGUAGGAAGAUAGUGCAGAUGGAUGUGUUCCAAGUGGAGGAGCGAGGGUACUAUGUCAGGUUAGCUUCCGUUAAAGGAGAAGGGGUGGCCGUGGCUCUUCACAAGGCCCUUGAGUCACUGACGUGCUUUGACGUUCAAAACUCUAAUUUCAGCACCGUUUGUGACAGAUUGGUCUUGACGUUUACGCUCAAUGUGAGAGAUUCUGGGGAGGAGAUGAAUAUGUCGACAUUGAAGAUAUGGGUGACAGGAGCUCUCCUCAACCAGGGAUUUGAGUUCAAGACACCAAUAGCUCCUUGA